GUUCACAGCAGGAGCUCAAACAACUUUGCAAGAUUUGAGUAGCGCAGAAAUUUGGGAGAAGCGUCCUACAGAGCGACAGUACAGCCUGCGCUCCGUGUCACCGUCUGUCACUCAGCACACCAACAGAAUUCAUGUUUCUUUGUUUUUGGGAUUUCUGUGACUGCAGUAAAAUUCCCUCCAUCCAUCACUUACCCCACGAGACCUGAGUGUUUCUGUUCUGACAACAUGAAGUCCAUGUGGCCACUUUCCUCUCUGUUGCUGCUGCUCUUAGAGGUGAACAGUGUUUCUCUUCAGGAGACCAACAGGCCUAAUUUUGUCCUGAUAAUGGUGGAUGACCUGGGAAUUGGAGACCUCGGCUGUUAUGGCAAUAACUCACUGAGGACCCCCAAUAUUGACCAGCUGGCAAAGGAAGGGGUGAAGCUGACCCACCACAUUGCUGCAGCAAGCCUCUGCACUCCCAGCAGGGCAGCGUUUCUCACCGGACGAUACCCAGUGCGAUCAGGUAUAGCUGGUUAUAUCAGACCAGGUGUCUUUUUAUUUAAUGCAGCAUCUGGAGGUCUCCCCAGCCAGGAGAUUACUUUUGCCAAGGUUGUCAAACAACAAGGCUACGAGACUGCUCUUAUAGGAAAAUGGCACCUGGGCCUCAACUGUAAGAGCAGUGACGAUCACUGCCACCACCCUAACAACCACGGCUUCAACUAUUUCUUCGGUAUCCCUCUGACUAACCUGAGGGACUGCCAGCCUGGACAUGGCACUGUUUUCCAGUUCCAUAAAUAUUUGCCAUACAGAACAAUGGGCAUCGUUUUGCUCACUGCGGUUGUGCUCCACUACAGCGGGGUCAUCAGCAUUGGCAGAAGGUUGAUCCUGAGCUUGAUGUUUCUGUUGCUUUUGGUCACUGGUUUGGCAGUAGUGUUCAUCAUGGUUGUCCCAUACUUAAACUGUGUUCUCCUGAGGGACCACAGUAUUGUGGAGCAGCCAUAUAAGUCUGAAAACAUGACGCAGAGGAUGAUCCACGAGGCAGUGGACUUCAUAGAGAGAAAUUCACACAGGCCUUUCCUGCUCCUUUUCUCUUUCCUCCAAGUCCACACAGCCAUCUUUGCUUCAGCCGCUUUCAGAGGAACGAGCCGCCACGGUAUCUACGGGGACGCUGUGCAGGAGGUGGACUGGAGUGUGGGUCAGCUCAUGGAGACGCUGGACAGACUCAGCUUGAGAGAAAAAACUCUUGUUUACUUGACUUCAGAUCAAGGGGCUCAUCUGGAGGAAAUCUCUGCCAGAGGCGAUGUCCACGGGGGAUCGAAUGGAAUAUAUAAAGCAGGGAAGUCCACGAAUUGGGAGGGAGGAAUCAGGGUCCCUGGAAUUUUACGUUGGCCCGGUAAAAUCCCUGGUGGCAGACAGAUAGAUGAGCCCACCAGCAACAUGGACCUGUUUCCUACUGUGGUGCAGCUGAGUGGAGCUUCAGUCCCAGAGGACAGGGAGAUAGAUGGUCAUGACCUCAUGGAUUUGCUACAGGGGAGAGCUGAAAGUUCCAAGCAUGAAUUUCUCUUCCACUACUGUAAUGCCAACUUGAACGCUGUCAGAUGGCAUCCCCAAAACAUUUCACGGCAUCCAAAAGCUCAAAGAAGCGAGAGAGUACCUGGGUUUAUGACAGCCACCUCACAGUGCAGUGCAGCAGCAGGUCACCUGGAAGCCCCGGGUCCAGCUCAGCGAUGAGAUUCUUGAAUUGCCUGCGGUUAAGCGCAUGUGUGUGGAUGGAGUUGAUGAUUUCCAUCAAGGGCUUCAUGACGUUGUCUAAAUUCAAUGAUUUAGACACGAGUUGCUCCCUGUGGAUGAUGCAGUGGAAAUUCCAAAAAAGGGUAACCAAACGUGAAACAUGGGGAGAGCACAGAAAUAGAAACUCCAAGCUUCGUCAGAGCUCUACUGAGCCAACAAUCCCUUUAACGUUAACUAGUAAUGACUUCAUGAACUUCUUCAGAAAUAAAAUUUUUAUCAUUAGAGAAAAAAUUACCAAUAAUCAUCCCACAGAUGUAAUAUCGUCUACAGCUACUUUUAGUACCAUUGAUGUUAAGUUAGACUCUUUUUCUCCAAUUGAUCUUUCUGAGUUAACUUCAAUAAUUACUUCCUCUAAA